AUUUCAUAGUGAAUCGGUCCAGUAAUGCUACCCAAUUAUAUUUUUGAGGGUGGCCUAAAAAUCUGCAAAUCCACAUAUAAAAAAUAUGCUGUUUUUAUAUGCGCGCACAUUAUGAAACUUAGUGAUUACCUUUCAUUUGGUUACCACUACUGUAACUUUAAAAUGACCCAGGUAGAAGAUGUCAAGUAGUUUUGGUUUGAAAGUUGGCUAACUUACUUUUAAGAAAGAUUUCUCCAUAUACUGUACUUUUGAUACUUUUUCCCAACACAUGUAUAAGCCCACCCACAGAUAGAUAAGUCCACCUGUGUAUAAGCUCACAAGUUUCUAUGAUUUGACAUGAAAGAGCACAGGACUUAUCUCUGAAGAUAUCUUGGUUAGGUAACAAAACUUAUAUAUAUUUAUUCCAGAUAUUGAUACAAACUUUCAUUAGAGUUCUGGUUAUGCGAAAAAUAUGUCAAUAUGUCAAAAUAUGUCGAGUUUUGUGAAAUGGAAGUCUUAGAGAAAUUGUUGUUUGUUUUUCUAUUUUUAAUCUUAAUUCACAAUAUAAUAUACCAUGAAAUACCGGCCAAAAAUUUUUUUUUAUAUGUGGUUGAAUUGUUUAUAUGCUCUUUAAAACUAAAUAAUAAUUGUUUUACCUAAUUAAUACCUAACUAAUUAAUUUAGAAAGAAGAAAUCAAUAAACAUGCUAAGUGCAGAGGAGUUAAUGCAUCAUGGAUCUAAAGAAACAAAACUACAAGAGAAUGGAGGAAUAAAAUAUUAUGGUCCCGAAGAAAGUGAUGAGCAGAAGUCAUCCGUUAAAAAAGCGCUUGAUCAAUACCAUCAGAUUCUUCAUGAAGAAAGAAUUUGCAGAAAGUCUAACUUGUCUGUUGCUCAUUGGGAACAAUCAAACUGUCUUGCUGUUGUUACAGUAAGAAAGGGAAGCAGUUUUCACAAAUUUGGGCAUGAAACUAAAGAAGGCUUGUUUUUACAUCCUGAAGAAGCGCUGUUCCUGUUGGACCAGGGCUUAUUACAGUUAGAGCAUGAUAAUUUCCCACUGUCUCUGGAAGAGGCAUACAUUUUGUUAAUUCCAAUCCUGUCAUCUUUUGAACAUUACCAGGUGUAUUCGCAUUUAUGCAAACUGGGAUUUGUGGUAACUAGAUUUAAGAAAAGCGGCAGCACUUCUCGACCUUUGAAUUGUAAGUGGGGAACACUCAGAGAAUCUCCAACGAGCAGUAAAGUUAAAGAUACGGACGCGUCUUACAGAUCUUUAGAACCAAUGGGAUCUGGUCAUGCAAAAGAACUUUGGACAAAAGAUCAAUAUCCUUUGAUUAGACCAGAAGAAGCAACAAGCACCACCUCUGUUCUGUCAAAAUUGCAAGUUAAUGAGCUAAAGCAUCUUAAAGAAGUUUCGAAUGACAUGUCUCUAUCUGCUUGUGCUACCACAUACAACAUCGACUUUAAUGUUUAUGUUGGAAAAGAUCUCAAGAAGUCUGAUUUGGGUAUGCCAAAUUUCAGAAUCACUGUUUGCAGAUAUUGCGACCCCCCGCCGUCGUUACUCGAAAUAUCGAUUUUAUCAAGGAUGUCAGGAGGUGCAAAUUUGAAACUGGCAGUUGUUGAACAGGGGACAGUUUCUUUCUAUGGAAUGUUCGGAGUUGAUCUUCCGACACUUGUCUUACAAGGAUAACAGUUUAUCGACUUAGAUAUCAUAUUACAUCAUUAUUAACAUCAUAUUAUUAAGUUUGGCGAAACAAGAUUGAUUUACGUGGAAUAAGUCAACAUUCUAUGGGACGAGCAGCAUAUUUGAUGGAGAGAUGUUUUGAGACGAAUAAAUCACGUCAGUUGCUAUUAAGUUUGCCGAAACAAGAGUGAUGUACUUGGAAUAAGUCAGUAUUCUGUGGAAUAAGCAACAUAUUCAACGGGAAGAUUUUCAAGUCUAGAGAAAAAUACUGGGAUGUCUUGAAAGUUGCGUAGGUUAAAGUUUAGUGGAUUAAUUUUUUUCCCUAAUACUCGUAGUUAAACUUCGCUUUGAUUAUCCCUUGAAGUUAGUGUGAUUUAAUUUUUGCAGCUCUAGCUUAUUCGUACAAAUUUUGGCGUAGAAAAAAUAUUGCCGAUUUUGUCAAGUCUGCGCCAAGAUUUCUUUUCUCUGUCGUCGUUUUUAUAGCCUUUUAUAUCAUAAUUUUAUUUUAAGUUUUUAUUGGCUAUCACAUCUUAAGGUGGGUUCACAGCCAUUCGUUGUAGUCGUUCGAAUAAGGAGAAUACAAAAAAUCUAUUCGUUGCAAAUAAAAGAAUGCAGUUCACACUAGCGCAAAAAAUAAAACUGCACACAAGAAAUAAUACAUUUAUUUUUAGUUCGGUGCCACUAGUUUUGUUACGUCACUCCACUUCAGCACUUUUCUUUAUUUAUUAUACUUAAUAUUAUACUUAAUAAUAACAUACUAGUAUAUAUUUGUAACUAUCUGCCGCCCUCAAGAAUGUUUAAAACAUCCAUAUAACCGCAUGGACAUUAAUCCAGGUAUUAUCACUGGUGUUGUGUAAUAUAUUAAAUACAUGGCUACAUGUUUGUGGGCCAGAAGGCAGUCAGAAAUGUAUGCAAAGUCAGCAAUUUUCCCCCCUUUCUAAUCGCGAAAUAAUCCUAACUGUGUGCGAGCAAGCGUUCGCAAGAAUGGUAGAGUGAAAAUUAAUAAGUGGCAGGCAUUAUAGCCAAUUAAAACAUUGAGAAAUAAGUUCUUUUGUAAAUUAACAGAAAUUAAUAUUAGUACAGUUUUCUUUUUAAAAUACGAUUUAAAUAUUUUAAAUACAAAACGAAAAGAUUUGGAGGCAUAUGCAGAUAACAGUUUCAGUUCUCACACAACA